UGAUGGCGGCCGCCGUGUCUGUUAGCACAGCUGCCAGAGAUGAGAGCACAGACACAGGACUCAGUUUCGCCUCUCGUCCGCUUCAUGAAAAUUACGACCUCGGUGUGGAUCAUGAAAACUGGAUGCCCGGAGAACGCCGACAUCCCGAACUCGAACCCGGCGGAGAGGACUCAACAUCGGAACGCGAGUGUCAGCGGAGGGUCGACGAGGACUUGACUUCAUUGAGCCCCGAAGAAAUAGAGAACCGCUUAGAGAGAACUCGCCGAGAGUUUUACAACCGUAGAAAAAUUAUCAUAAAAAACCUGCCCUCCGACGUUAGCAAUCAGGAGGUCCAUGAGCUGUUGGGAAACUAUGACUUGAAGUACUGCUUUGUUGACAAAUACAAGGGCACAGCAUUUGUGACACUGCUCAAUGGGGAACAGGCACAGUGUGCCAUCAAAGACUUCCAUCAGCAUGUACUACGGGACAGGGAGAUCUCUGUGCAGCUGCAGCCAACAGACGCUCUUCUAUGCAUCGCCAACUUGCCCUGUGCUUUCACCCAGCAGCAGUUUGAGGAGUUGGUGCGACCCUUUGGUAACCUGGAGCGCUGCUUUCUGGUGUACAGCACCUCCACAGGGCAUUCCAAGGGCUAUGGCUUUGUGGAGUACAUGAAGAAGGACUCUGCGGCCAGGGCCAAGUCAGAGCUGUUGGGAAAGCAGCUGGGCUCCCGCAUGUUGUACGUCCACUGGACUGAGGUGGGCUCCCUCACAUACCCACUGCUGCAUUCUAAAUGCCUGUGUGUGGACCGCCUGCCCCAGAGCCUGCUGACAGCCCAAGACCUCCGCAACGCCUUGGCUGACACCCAUGCGCCAGUCUUCUGCCAGUUGGCUCAGGGACAAGAUGGAAGUUUUCGGCGGUUUGCUGUGUUGGAGUUUGCCACAGCUGAGAUGGCCGAGGAGGCACAGCGACUCAUUGAUGGCAGACUGCUGGGUGGGACACACAUCAGGGUGUCCUUCUGUGCCCCUGGGCCUCCUGGAAGAAGCAUGUUGGCUGCUCUGAUUGCUGCCCAAACCAUGGCUGUGAAUAGGGGUAAAGGUCUCCUCCCUGAUCCAACCGCCAUGCAGAUACUGACAGGCCUCAAUAACCCUGCCACCCUCAAGAUGCUGCUCAACCCACUGUCACAGGGACACAAACAAGGCCUCCUCGGGGCAGCCCCGACAAUGCCCUUGCUGGCCAACCCUGCCCUCUCUGCCGCCCUGCUCCAGAUGCUCCUACAGAACCAGGCAAAGGCCCAGCAGCAGGCAGGACUCAUUGGGGAGAAUCCUCUGGCUGCUCUGCCUGUCCAGCAGGGAGUCCAUCUGCUCGGAGACCUGCCCCAAGGUGGUGUCGUCCCGGGUCUUGGUCUUCAGACAGAUCCUCUAAACCCCCUAAAGGCAAUGCCACUUGGCAGAUCACUGGCAAGGGAGCAGGAGUCCCCCACAGCAGCAUGCACCUUCCCACAGACUUCCUCUCCCACCCUGCAGGGCAUCUCCAUGCCCCUGAUGGGUGGCAUGAUGGGGGCAGAUGGCCUCACAGCACAAGGGGUAUCCAUACUCGGAGAUCCUCCCAAAGAUGUGAACCUUCCCCAGAGUGCUUUCCUCAGUGUCAACAAUGUUUUUCCCUCAGGAGGAAGCUGCAGACCUCACCCCUAUAGGAGGAGGCCAACAUUAAGUAAUGUGUCCAACCAGCACACACACCAGAGCAUACAGCCAAAUUACAACCUGCGCUACCAGGAUUCCUACAGCCCAGAAUAUCCUCCCCUACACCAGGAUCCCCUGGCCCACUUGUAUGAACAGCAGGAGAACCUUGAUACUGGGGCCUUGGCAGGAUUUGGCCAGCAGCUCUCUCGUCACCCUGACUACAGUGAGCGGUUUUCCCACUUCGGUUACCCUCCCAGCCCACCCUUGUCUUACUUCAGCUCAGGGCCUGAGGCUUCCAGUAAUGUCAGCCUCCCAACCACCCACCUCAACAGGGCUGUGGGAAUGCCUCCUGUGAGUCACACCGCCAACUACCCUCCAGGCCUGGGGAAUCCUGUGAAGACUCCCAUUGGUAGCCACAAGCGUGUGUUCUCCCGCCUGAUCCCAUCUCCGGAGCCAAGUCCUGAGGGCAGCUAUGUGGGCCAGCACUCGCAGGGCCUUGGUGGCCAUUAUGCAGACUCCUACCUUAAGCGUAAGCGUAUUUUCUAAAUGCAACUGAAUGCUUCUUGCUGUAUGAGUAGCCAUUCAACAGCCAGGACACAAUGGCAUCUCCUCUGGUCUUUUCCAAUGAACUUCAGCCUGGUGGUCCUUGGAUUUGUCCCCUGUGUACUCCUGUGAGUGACCCCUGGAGGGUGCUGGGGAGUGCAGCCUGUUGCUAUCUGGACAGUUGUGUCACUCUAUGGGAA